AUGGAGACUGGACUCUUUCCACACACCACCUCUUCUGGCCAGAUCCUUAGCAGUCAUCGCCAGUGCCAACUCUCUGUAUCGGACGUUCGUUGGGACUCCUUGACCUCCUACGGCCUGAGCAAGCUCACACCAUCCGUUCUCCGUUGGAUUGGCGGCAUCAAAACCGAUGACCGAGGCAUGCUAUACCUGGAUCGGAACAUCCUGAUCGCCCUUUGGGAGCGGUACCACCACUUUUAUAGCUCAGUAGAAGCCGCCUGUCCCCAGCUUCGACCGUCAAUCGGUGGAUCAGCUGUUCGGAAUCCCAGAAGGGACAAAUGGCACAAGUUUGAAAACAAGGGGAAUCCUACCACCAAGAGAUGGUCAAAGUUCCUCAGCGAUGUGGAGAAACUAGGCAAAGUCCCAUUCGAACACCUGUCAUGCGAAUACCCUGAAUUCUGCCCUCAUCCCAACGCCGAUCCCCAUCGCUUUGAGACCAGCCUCUCUCAAGUCCUCUAUUGCUUCCACUCCACCUACACCUUCUGCAUCCAUCUCUGCCUUCCCAGAUUUCCAUUCCCAUUCCGAACCCCUUCCCGAGUCACUCCCCCCGGUUGGAACUGUGAGCUCUUCUACCUACAGCCACCCGGUCAGCUCUACUGGGGUCCAAUCGAGAAGACGGAGGCAGACUUCCCUCAGAAGUUUCAGCCGAAGAAGCUCCUGAAGCUGGAGGGGGAGGACUACGUUAGGCUUGCCGCCAUUCACACGGUUACGAAUGAGCAACUCAGAAGGCUGGAGUUGUCGGAGAUGGAGGAUUGGCGCAAGGAGACAGAGAAGGCCAGGGAGAAGGAGACGAUGAAGGACUACAUGGAGAGAGUUGAAAAUUGGGUGCAGGAUGGAGACGUCUUCAGAGGUUCGUGUUAUCUUGCAUGA